GUUGCUGGCUCUGUUCUGGCUCGCUGCUGUCUGUUGUAGGCUCACUGGCUGUCACCGAUCCUCCCAGCCAAUAACAAGUGAAAGAGUAAGAACUCCAAAGCCGAUUCUCGCGACAUUGCGCUCUUAACAACCCCCAGCGCAUUUUCUAUAGAUCCACUGAAUAGCACAAAGAGGUUCAAAAAAUGUCGUCGUCGAUUAUCCGCACUAUCCGUAACGCGUACCGGAUUGGAUUUAAGGAGUACAUGGCGCAGAUGAUGACUAUUGGCGACACCAAGGCCGGAACUCUUGUUGGAGUUGACCGAUUCGGCAACAAGUUUUACGAGAACAAGGACGAGGAUGAAAUCCACUUGAGAACGCGAUGGGUUAUGUACAAGGAAAAGUACUACGACGUCUCGCAGCUCGAGCCUGGCUGGCACGGAUGGUUGGGCUACCUCGUCGACACCCCUCCAAACGCUCUCGAUGCCGCGCACACCUCGGUCCAGAAGGUGCCCAAGCCGAUGCGGAUCCACAACGGCACCGGCACCCCGGACGCUUAUGUGCCAUACUCUACCGUCAAGCCAAAGUUCCAGUCGUGGACUCCUACGAUCAAGGAGCGCGUAUAAUUUCAUUGUAUCGUUGUUUUCUAGUGUUUGUUUUAGUUUUAGUCGGAUUUGGAAGGGUAGACUUUAGAUCCGGUAGGCAUUUUUGGGCAUUGUUAUGAUUAAAUAUAAUAUAAAUAUAAAUAUCAAUAUAUAAUAUAUAAUAUAAA